AUGAUGCACUGGAGAGGAGGUACUGCGAAAGCUCCUUGCUGUGUUGUCAGCUCUUAGGAAGCGGAGGUUGAGCUGCGGGGGUCUUUCUCUCUCUCGAAGACCCCCUGCUCUUCCAGGCGACCUACAUCAGAGGGAGACGAGGGAGGCCUCCCUGCCGUGUGCAUCGGAGAGUGAGUAGCACGGUGCUUCAGAUGGAAAAGGUCACAUAAAUCAAUAGUUAUGUGUACGUGUGCCUAUUGACUCAGACUGUUGCCGUCCCAUCUACUUCUGCCCUAAUAUAUCUGUCCUGCCCUGCCAGAGAGGGCUGCUGAGUUGGAGAGAUGAACGUGGGCACGGCUCACAGUGAAGUGAACCCAAACACCCGAGUCAUGAACAGCCGCGGCAUCUGGCUCUCCUACGUCUUGGGAAUUGGCCUCCUACAUGUGAUCUUGCUCAGCAUCCCUUUCUUCAGUGUCCCUGUAGUCUGGACUCUAACCAACCUCAUUCACAACAUGAGCAUGUAUAUCUUCUUACACACUGUGAAAGGAACGCCAUUUGAGACUCCCGAUCAGGGUAAGGCCCGGCUGCUCACUCAUUGGGAACAGAUGGAUUAUGGAGUGCAGUUCACAGCUUCUCGCAAGUUCCUGACUAUCACACCAAUUGUACUUUAUUUCCUUACCAGUUUCUACACAAAAUACGACCGGGUACAUUUCAUCAUCAACACCAUCUCUUUGAUGAGCGUCUUGAUCCCCAAGUUGCCCCAGCUGCAUGGCGUCCGUAUCUUUGGAAUCAACAAGUACUGAGUUCGGGUGGGGGGGCUUUUUCUCUCCCCUCCCUCUUUUUCCGGCGAGCUGUGAGAUACCAGAGUGAGAACCCCACUUUCUUUGCUCUGGCUGUGUCUUCAGGCUAGGGGCUGCAGGACAGCUCUCCUUUUCAAUGGGCACAUAUUGCACAGGAUUGCAAAAACCAGCGAAACAUAAACGGCUCUGAGCUUGCAAAGAGGCAAGAGGAAGCUGAAACCUACUGCAAUUACUCUUGUUAUUACUGCUUCUUCUUGAGAAACUGAAAAUAGAUGCAGGCCACGCUGCAAUGUAAAAGGUACUCAUCAUUUGUUCUCUGAUAGGAAAGAAUUCCGGCUGAGAAAGUUGAACAAUAAAAGCCUGAUUCAAGGUGACGUUGAUUUAGGAUGAUAGGAAACGCACUUUAACAUCAAACUGUCCCAUUAGGAGAGUUUGACUUGCUCGUGGAAAGGGCUAUAUCAGAAAUAUUAGGCUGCACGCUGUGAAAAGCGUAGUCAGAUUUCCUCUCGACUGUUUAUAAAUGCCUUUAAUGAUGCAGAGGCAGGAAGGAAAAGAUCUUGUUCCUUCCACAGGGACACAGUUAACAGAGUAAAGCUGUUCAGAAUAUAUCCUGGGCUUUUAAGUAUCUGCCCUCGGAGGAGUGGGUGUUCCAUAUGGGAAGGGUUUAGAUAUUAAAACAGAACUGGGGAAGAAGGAGAGAGGUGAGAAGCGGAGGAAAUUCUUGCCACUGGUUUUGCAGUGGGCAUCGCAGUUUGAGUCACAGCUGCCUCUGUGCUCCUGGCCAGAGAGCCAUUGGCUGAACGAUCAAUUUCUUUUAGCACAAAUGGCAGAGGAUAGUGUUGUCCAAACUUGGCCACUUUAAGAUGAGUGGACUUCAAC